AUGGACCAAAGUUAUCAACGUCAAAUAUCUCAGACACCUUCUCAGGAUCGGUACAAUCAAACCACCCCUCGAAUACAUCCACCUAGCCACAUUAAUCAUGCUCCCCCACUCCAGCCUGCUCCGGCGGGUAGAGGUCAGAUCGAUCUGGGACUGGACCGCAUGGUGCGACUCAUGAAAUGUCUUCCUGUGUUGAAAGUACCAACGAUUCAUCUAGCCGGAACGAACGGCAAAGGAUCUGUAUCUGCCAUGUUGGAAGCUUGUCUCGUCGCUUCUGAUCUGCGGGUCGGACGAUACAAUUCUCCUCACCUUAUAGAACCACGUGAUGGAAUCCGAAUCAAUGGCCGACCGCCUCAUCCUGAACACUAUCGAAUGGCCUUUGAGACGGUACAAAGAAAGAAUCAACAAUUCGGGAUUGGGGCGACCAGCUUUGAGUUAUCCACUGCCACCGCGUUUCAUCUACUCAACACGGCACUUCCCUCUUUGGAUGUCAUGAUCAUUGAAUGUGGUAUGGGAGGAGCUAAAGAUGCUACCAACAUAAUUGAAAAUGAUUUACAACUCGCGGCCGGACUCACUUCCGUCGGACUCGAUCACACUUCUUUCUUGGGGAACACCAUCAGUGAAAUCGCCACUGACAAGGCGAAGAUUGCAAAGGAAGGAAGUUUAUUCUAUAUCGGACCACAAAAAUACCCUGAAGCAGGUGAUACGGCGUCCAAAGUAGCAUUGAAUUUAUCCUCCAGAGUGAGAAGAGCAACAUCGUCUAUUCGCCUCAAUGGUCGAUUGGUCAAAACUACAUGUGUAUCCGAUGCGGGUCAAACGACAUUUCAAACUCAUCUCCCCCUUCCUGGCGAACAUCAAUUGGAGAAUGUAGGAUUAACAUUAUCGAUUUUACAUGGUAUUCGGACUGAUCGAAGGGCUACGUUCAUACAAUCAAAAUUGACUCAAAUCACAGAUUCUUCCAUCGUUUCAGGGAUUGAAAAAACAAGAUGGGAAGGUAGAUGUUCUUGGAUACCAUAUACAUCUUUAUCAUUGAUAUCCCCAAUUGCAACUUCUCUUUCAACUUCAUCAUCUCUUCUCACCUCAUCCUCUAUUCCUACUUCUACAUCUUCAUCACCUCCUCUACAUAUAUCCAGUCCUGCAAAUUUAGGGAACGCCAUAUUGGUCGAUGGUGCACAUAACACCGAUUCCGCUCAAGCAUUGAGAAAAUACCUAGACUCGAUUCAUUCACAAAAUAUAACUUUCAUCAUAGCACUAUCAUCAUCUCGCGAUAAAACAAUAAACAGCGUUUUAUCCCCUCUUCUACGUAAAGGAGAUACAGUCAUAUCAACUACUUUCUCACCAGUGGAGAAUAUGUCAUGGGUCAGAUCUGUACCUCCGGAAGAAUUAUCAACUGUGGCUAGAGAACUUGUUGAUAAUGUUGAGAUUUGUAAAGAUGUAAAAGAAUCUAUACAAGUGGCAAUUCAUAAACUUAAGAUGGAAGGGAAAGGUUUGAUUGUGGUUUGUGGUAGUUUGUAUUUGGUUGCGGACGUUUAUAGAUUAUGUCCUCCGUCUGAUUGGAUAACGGGGGAGUUUGUAAGGACUAGGGAUGCUAGUAAGUUGUUAGAAGUAUGA